AUGGCCUGGUUUGCCUUCUACCUACUCAGUCUUCUCUGGGCCACAGCUGGGACCAGUACCCAGACCCGAAGCUCAUGCUCUGUUCCCUCAGCACAGCAGCCCUUGGUGGAUGGCAUACAAGUGCUCAUGGAGAACUCGGUGACCGCAUCAUCCUACCCAAACCCCAGCAUCCUGAUUGCCAUGAACCUGGCCGGCGCCUACAACGUGGAGGCCCAGGAGCUCUUGACUCACAAGCUCACGGCCAGCGACGCUGCUGACCUCACCAUCGGCCAGCUCGCCCUCACCAUUAUGGCCCUCACCUCCUCCUGCCAAGACCCUGAGAAUGAAGUGUCGAGUCUGCAAAGCCAAAUGGAGAAUUGGGCACCUUCAAGCUCCAAUGCUGAAGCAACAGCCUUCUAUGGGCCCAGUCUGGCAAUCUUGGCCCUGUGCCAGAAGAACCCCGAGGCCACCUUAACAACAGCAGUCCGCUUUGCCAAGACCCUGCUGGCCAAUUCGUCUCCCUUCAACGUGGACACAGGAGCAGUGGCGACCUUGGCUCUGACCUGUAUGUACAACAAGAUCUCUGUAGGUUCAGGGGAAAGUUACAGAGCUCUGUUUGGUCAGGUACUAAAGGAUAUUGUGGAGAAUAUCAGCACGAGGAUCAAAGACAACGGCAUCAUUGGAGACAUCUACAGUACUGGCCUUGCCAUGCAGGCUCUCUCUGUGACACCUGAGCAACCUGAUAAGGAGUGGGACUGUCAGAAGACUAUGGAUACAAUACUGUAUGAGACUGAGCAGGGGAAAUUCAAAAACCCCAUGUCCAUUGCCCAAAUCCUCCCUUCCCUGAAAGGCAAGACAUACCUAGAUGUGCCCCAGGUGACUUGUAGCACUGUUGUGGUCCUAGAAGAAGCAGAGCGCAAAAAUCCCACGUUCAAAUUUGAAACUACAAUGACAUCUUGGGGCCCUGUUGUCUCUUCUAUCAAUAGUAUUGCUGAAAAUGUUAAUCACAAGACAUACUGGGAGUUCCUUAGUGGCAAAACACCUUUGAAUGAAGGGGUGGCUGACUACAUACCCUUCGACCAUGAGCACAUCACAGCCAAUUUCACGCAGUACUAAGGAGGAGGUGGGCUUACCUUCUAUCAAACAUCUCCAAAGGAUGGAUGGAAUUUUUUUCACUUCACUUCAAAUCUAUGCUACAAAGUGGAUGUCUACAGGGCUAUCAUAUUCUGGUAAAAACAUGGAAAACCACUACGCAGAAUAAAUGACUCAAAGUUCUCUGGAGUCUCAAUAUCUGUGACCCAUGAAAAUAAAAUUUCCAGCUCCUCAGUGCAAUGACUGCCAGU